AUGAACCCUGACGAGCUCCCCCGCCAUUCGCCUUCUAAUAAUACUCCUGUAGAGAGUGUUAGCGGUGGAGCAGGCGAAGACGGACCACUUGAGGGCGGCCUUGACGCUUGUUGCUCGAGGCCGUUGGCUAGCAAUAGGCGAUAUCUUCCAGAUCCUCACGAACGAGACAAUGACAAUAGUUUAGUUGCGGAAGCGCUGCGAUGCACAGCUCCGUAUCGCUUAGUUCAGAACGCUGACUGGUCUCUGCCUCAUCUGAGAGAGGCAAAACACAAUAUUGACGGUGUUAGAGUACAACGCUCACCUCCAAUUAUGCAUUCCCUCCUGAACGAUUGUCAGCAAGUACAGGGCGAAAGCAUCAGAAAAAAGAUAAGGAACGAUCGUGAAAAGUCUCUUUCGACUCUGCAGCAGAUGGUUAACACAGGAUCAGCUGUGCCUAAACACAUUAGCUUUUUAUACGAUGCGUUCGUGAAUACCACUGCUUCACCCAAUAACGGUGGAGCUGAAGAGGUAAGAUAUACUGCUAACGAGCAGUUAGAACGCCUAAUGGCAAUGCAGACUGAAGGAGAAAAUCCGGCAGCGCAGAAUCAAGAUCUUGAUGAACAGGGCUAUGCGGAUCUAACAAAAGUAAAGACGGAGCGGGAUGCCGUGGCGUUCUUUGCACGGCAUGGAAGCACAACAAAAACCAAAUUUCUCUUCUGUAAUAGGGCACCCACAGAUCCGAUGGUAUUUGAUCCGUACAAGCUAGUCGUUGUGCCACAGAAUGAAGUGAAUCCAGAACACUUCACCAUAUCGGAAACGGCAGUAAUGCAUAUUUGCCCAGGAAAGCCGUCAGAGUGCUUCAGGCAGGACGAGUGGAUGAGACAAGCAUUCGUCCAUUCCCUGCUGCGGACUCUGCCAUUCUUCAAGACUUUUGUCGCUCGGAAGGUCUUAUGCUUGUGGAGUCAUGCUUCAAGGAAACACGUGUUCGACGAGCGGAGGGAAACGCUAUGUAAAACGCUUUUCGUAGCCAAACCGAUAUAUUGUGAACACCUACUGCAAAUUCACAAAGUACUCGCCGGCGUCAGCGAAGUUAAACUAGUCGAGCUGCAACCCACACUCUAUGAUAUUUCGCAAUUCAUCGCCCAGCAACAGGCUCUUAGCUCGGAUCCGAAGACUGGAGCAACUAAAGAGCUGGAGGCCAAGCAUAGCGAAGCACGAAGUCUGCUUGCCGCCCUGAUGCAGAAGCUCCACGAGGCAACACAACUUCCGGAGGUCGAUCCCAUGCAAGCUUGUUCUACAAAUAAAGGAAAGUCAAUUUUCCAGGCAAAAAGAGAGGCGGCAGAGCAGCAGAGACGUAUACGGCUAGCAUACAAGAACCAAGCACUCUUCGGACAAUUUAUACUUCUUGUCGAUCUCAUCCUCACCAUGAGACUUGCAAAGGCCGUCACUAACGCAGCAGCCAAGAUGUUAGAACGUCUUGGCACAGCAGAAAACUGCUCGAAGCUCUUCUCAGUUAACGUGUCCUUUGGAAGCAAGAAAGUUGAACUCGACCCUAGCCGUUUGGACUUCAUCUCCAUGCAUCAGGAGUGGUGGGAUGGCGUCAUUUCCACCGUCAGCAGUGUCCCUUUACUUAGCCAAUGCCGCCAAUUUGAAGACUCAGUUGCACAGGGGCCAACGCUAAGUCUGGAAUCGCUGCUAUCGAAGUCCAAGCACUUGCAGGUUAUGAAGAAACGAAUUGAAGAGAGACUUUUCAAAGAUUUCGACCGCGCGCAAAAGUACUCGGAGUCGUACUUCGGAAUAUACAGGCAGAUUUACGAAUAUGGACGGAAUUGGGACGAGACGGAAUUCGCCAAUUCGAUAACUGGCCACGAUGAACUGUCCAGUGAAAUGGAGUUAAUAACAGAGUUUGAGGAGAAACUGGAAAAACUCAACCCCGUACACGCAGUUGGGCUAUUUUCAAUAGAAGCGAGGACUCUUAAGUCCUCCUUGCAGCCCAUUACGGAAAGAGCCCUCACUUUUAUGAAACGCCUUCUGUGGAAACUCAUGAAAGAGCACGUACGAGCCACUGCAAGCCGCUUCGAAUCCAUAAACAGGCGCCUAGAUGAACGCCCUACGAAACUGCUGUCUUUUGCCUCUUUCGUGAGUAGCUGCAAGGAGAUCAAGUCUCAAAUUGAAGACCUAGAUCGAGACAAGGCAGAUGCUGAAGAAAUGUUUGCUUUGUUGAAACAAUACGGUGUCCGGCUGGCUGUCGAAGACACCAUUCAGCUGGAAAAUAUGCUGAAGAGUGCAAACGAGUUUGAGACAUUCAAGCUACUGGAUGCAGCAGAGCACAUUAGGAACAACAUUCAGGCUAUGAAGCUUGAGCUGAAAGCAAAAACUCAAGAGGUGGACAACGAGAUACAGGACCUAGACAGGCUCGUCAAUGACGAUGAGUACACACGGCUAGAUGCAUUGAAGAACGCCACCAGGUGCUUUGAGCAGCUGAAGGAAUACCAGCAGCGCAUCGACUUCGCCUAUGGCAAGGCAGAGACGCUCAGAGGCAUGAAGGAGCUCCUCGCUCCAGAAAGUCCUGCUGUUAUUUCCAAGCAGACUCAAGAAACGUUCCGCAGAAUAAAGCCAAAGGUGGAAAUGUGGCAGCAAAUCUGCUCUUGGCAGGCCGACACGUCAAAGUGGCUUGGCCUGCCUUUGUCCUCAUUGAACUCUGAAGAAAUAGAAGCUAGGGUGAAGCGAUACCUGAAGGAAGCUUGCAUAGCUCUGCAGAACUUUCCAACCGACUCCGUCGCAGUAGAGUUCAAAAAAGAAGUUGAGAGCUGGAUUGCCCGCUUGCCGCUUAUUAUGGAUUUGGGUAACCCUGCCCUCAAACGGCGACACUGGGAGGCGAUUCUUGGAGAGCUUGAGUAA